ACUACCAGCUGGUAGAUCACACACUCGGUCAGUAGAACAAGUGCUGAUGAAAUAAGGGGUUAAGCUAUUCCUCUGUGAGUUAGUGAUGCACGCAGAUGUAAAUAGUUUGACAUAAUUCAUUUGUUCAGCAGCAGAAAAUUCAUUUAGCAAACAUCAUUCAACAAUGUCGACAGCAGGUCAGGUGAUCAAGUGCAAGGCGGCUCUUGCUUGGGAACCUGGCAAGCCUCUGGCCAUUGACGAUGUGGAGGUGGCCCCACCUAAGGUCCAUGAAGUCCGCAUCAAGAUUGUUGCCACAAGUGUGUGCCACACUGACUGGGAAUACCUGUAUGGGACUCAAAAAGGGAUGAAGUUUAGGCCAUACCCAUUAGUUCUUGGACAUGAAGCAGCAGGAGUAGUGGAGAGUGUUGGUCCAGAAGUCACCAGAUUCUCACCAGGGGAUAAAGCUAUUCCUCUUUUUCUGCCUCAGUGUGGGGAAUGUGAACGAUGUCAGAGUCCUAAAACAAAUCAGUGCAGGAAGAACUGGGCAAACACACAAAUGGGUGUUUUGGCUGAUGGCACAAGCAGGAUAUCUUGCAAGGGGCAGCAAGUGUACCAGUUCCUCGGUGUCAGUUCUUUCUCCCAGUACACUGUGGUUCCCGACACCUCGCUUGCAAAGAUAAGAAGCGAUGCACCACUAGACAAAGUUUGUCUGCUAGGUUGUGGUGUCUCCACUGGUUAUGGUGCAGCUGUUAAUGCAGGCAAGGUUGAAAAAGAUUCCUCAUGUGCUGUGUUUGGGCUUGGAGCUGUUGGACUGGCCGCUGUCAUGGGCUGCCAGAUUGCUGGGGCAAAAAGGAUCAUUGGGAUUGACAUCAACCCUGACAAGUUUGUGAAAGCUGAAGUGUUUGGAGCCACUGAAUGUGUCAACCCCAGAGAUCAUAGCAAACCCAUCCAGGAGGUCCUGGCAGAGAUGACAGAUGGAGGGGUGGACUGCGCUCUGGAGUGUGUUGGAAGUCCAGCUAUCAUGAGUGCUGCGCUUGAAUCUACAAGAGAUGCCUGGGGCACCUGUGUGAUUGCCGGGUGGACAGAGACAGAAGUAAUGAGCGUUGUGGUUGGAAAGAUUCUCAUGGGACGCACGUUGAAGGGAACUUACUUUGGAGGUUGGAAGAGUGUGCAAGAUGUGCCUAAACUGGUGGAUGACUACAUGAACAACAAGCUGAAACUGGAUGAGUUUAUCACCCACACCCUCCCUCUUGAUCAAAUCAAUGUGGCCUUUGACCUUUUGACAAGUGGGAAAAGCAUCCGCACUAUAAUCAGCCUGUGGGAUUCUCAAGAGGAGGCUAAACCUAUAGAGGCUACCACAUAAGAAAGAGGAUUGACAUUCAUGUCAUUGUAGUAUUUUGUAUAUAACUCUGCAGUGUAUUUUGGAAAUUAUUAUGCUCUUUUUCUUAAAAAAAUAUUGACAAUACUUUUUUCCUGCUUGUAAUUUUGGAGCAAAUUAUAACUUGUGCCACUAGAUGGCAGUCUUAUGUCAAGUAAAAGCCUCUGUGUUCCAUGAAUACCAUCUAAAACAUUGCUUUUCUACCGGCAAAGAAUUCUGUAUUUUUAUUAAGAUUAAAUUCUAAGGUUUUUUUUUUUUUUUUUUUUUUUUUGUCCUUGUUUAUCAAAGUCUUGAUGACCACAGGAUCACCACGGAACGUUUUUUUAGUGCACAAUAUUGAAUGCAGUUCAUAGAAAUAUACAGCAUAUGCAGUAACAUCAAGACAAUUGUUCACAUUUGUCACGCUUGGCCUCUACAUUGAUUCUGGUCUUGAUAUCAAUGUGAAGUGAUAGUUGGAAUUAAAGACUUUUGUGUAGAAGAUGGGAUGAUAGACACAGGAACCAAAUGGCUGAAUCUGUCAUCAACUGUGGCGGAGUAUCUGCUUCAUGUGGUCAGGCUUGCCAGAUUUUGUCCUUGGUAAUAUUAUAAAUUGAUUUAAUGGGGAGUCAGUGAGAAGGGCUGAAAUAACAGUUGUGGGUUGUCAGGGCAGAAGACAAAAUGUUGUUUGGUGAAGGCUGUUUUUAGUUCUGAAGAACUGAAAUAGCCAUCAAAAGAAUUUGUUUUAUUGAAGUUCCAUUCAGAUCAAAUGAAGACCCUUGGCAGUUUCCCCUGCUUCUCCAUUUUUUAUUUAAAAUGGAAAAUAAAUU